AUGGCGUCCACUGGCACAGACCGCUUCACCUCUGCUCUGCAUCAGAACAAAGACUGGGCAGCACAGAUCUCCAAGGAAGACCCCUCACUGUUCCCAACGCUCGCGAACGGCCAGCAGCCCGAGAUCCUCUGGAUCGGCUGCUCCGAUUCCCGAUGCCCCGAAACCACUCUUCUUGGUCUUAAGCCGGGCGAUGUCUUUGUCCACCGGAACAUCGCCAACGUCCUGCACGCCGGCGACCUCAGCUCCUCUGCCGUGAUCGAGUACGCGGUCCGUUACCUGCGCGUCAACCAUGUAGUCCUCUGUGGUCACACCAGCUGCGGUGGUGUCGCCGCGGCCCUGGGUAACAAACAGUUGGGAAUCCUGGACCCCUGGUUGCUGCCCCUGCGCCAGCUCCGGGCGAAGAACCUGGAUCUGCUGAACUCGCUGCCGGCUGACCAGGCGAACCUUAAGCUGGUCGAGCUGAAUGUCUUGGAGGGCGUCAAGCUGUUGAAGGAAAAGAGCGUGGUGUUGGAGGCGAUCCAGGAACGUGGACUGCAGGUCCAUGGGCUGAUUUAUGAUGUCGGAAGCGGUGUUCUUCGGGAGUUGGACACGGACGAGUCAGAGGAGGCGAUCAAGGCGCGGCUCACAUCGUUCAAAGUGGAUGUUUAG